AUGGUAGACAAAGUUAAUGACACACAAGAUAAAAGUUCCAGAUUGAGUUUCAGAACUCCACAAGAGCUAAACAGGUCUAAUACCGUAGACGAUGAAUUCAAUAGAGCGAGAUUGAGGCAACAUAUUUCAACGGAUUCUCGUGGCAGCUACAGGCCCUUAGAUCAUUCUCCAUCCCUUAGAAGCCAACCAAAACAACAUACAAAGGAAGGAGAAAAGCCCAAACACCGUUUUUUAAUUGAAAAACAGCCGAAUGCUUCAAAAUAUCAUCCCCAUAAAUCCCACAACCGCAUUGAUCAAACCAGUGAUAAUAAAACCGAGGACCAAAAUACACCUGAUCAAGAAACAACUGAAGAUUCUGAAGAACCAAAAAAGAAGAUUAAGACAGAGUCUAGACCCAACCAGAUAGAAGAAAAGGAUGAAAAAUUACAGACAGAUCAAGGUAUUGCAAAAAAGGGACAUCAACGAAUACAAAGUGACAACUCCAAAAUGACCGUGAGGGCAAGUAGAUAUCGCGACUCUGCUGAAAAAGUGCGAAUAAAGAAGAAUCGCUUUAAACAGUCAACCUCUAUUAGCGCAUAUGAAAAGAAUACUCAUUUUGGAAGCGAUCGUUUAAAUCCGUACGCGAUUAACGAACAAAUGAUGCGAUUUAUGGAUAAGCAGAAAGACAAGAUGAACAUAACAAUGGAAGUUAUAGGGCGUACUGCUGAAUACAACAAUAUAAUACUGCUCAAAAUAACUGAGAUUAAGAGAGAUAAAACCAAUUAUUUCCGUGUACACAAGUAUGCCGAUGAAGCUCCGGAAAAAAAAAUUAUAUUCAUUGUCCACGGACUUGCCGUGAGGGGAAUGGGUGUCUUGAUGGACUCCGAGGCUAAGUUUGCAACUCUGAUGUCUUUUUACGCGACUCAUCUUCAAUUCUUCGAUAUAUUUGUAAUACCCAUCGCUAAUCCUGAUGGGUUCACAGCAGUUUUGAAUGGUGAUGCCAUUUUAUAUCCUCGAGGAUAUACAACUGCUCAAAUGGAUGAUGAUAAGUAUAUAGAUAUAAAAGGUGAGCUCGAGGAGUCUUUGAAAAAUGCAACCUUUAAAAUAAUAUCUGUGGCGGUAGAAACCCUACAUAGCUGGUAUGGAAUAGUAACGGGAUCUAGCGUUGAUUAUGCCUCAUCAGUAUACGGUAUUCCUUAUGCUAUGGAAUUUUGUAUGCAAAUAUUCGAAAACUUGCAAGAGGAAUCGUUGAAUCAGAUUUGGCGGCGGGUUGUUGCAGUGGUAUUCAAAAAUAUAUGGAAAGGUGUAAAUACCAAAAAUAAUGAUUAA